CCUCCGUACAUCUUCUUCUACCUUUUGUACCAAAUAAUCAACAAAGGCAAAGAAAAAGAUCUAAAACUUGUUCACUAAGAAAAAAUCAAAAUCAAAUCAGAGCACCAAAACCGACUCAGAUCUAGAUCGGAUUUCUCCAAUGGCUCUCGAAUGGGUUGUGUUAGGUUACGCAGCAGCAGCUGAAGCGAUCAUGGUGAUUCUCUUGACGAUGCCUGGACUUGACGCUCUCCGCAAAGGAUUAGUCGCUGUAACUCGUAAUCUCUUGAAACCGUUUCUCUCGAUAAUCCCGUUUUGUCUCUUCCUUCUUAUGGAUAUUUACUGGAAGUAUGAGACUCGACCUUCUUGCGAUGGUGAUUCGUGUACUCCUUCUGAGCAUCUUCGUCACCAGAAAUCGAUCAUGAAGUCUCAGCGUAACGCGCUUCUGAUUGCGUCGGCUCUUGUUUUCUACUGGAUUUUGUACUCUGUCACGAAUUUGGUUGUGAGGAUUGAGCAGCUUAAUCAGAGGGUUGAGAGGCUCAAGAACAAGGAUUAAGUAAGAUCCAGCUGCUUCGUCCCUCGUCUUCCUCAGGUCCUUUAGUGUUUUCGAGUUGUUUGAAUUUCGAUGAAAGAGUCUCUUUACUACUUGUGCCGUUUUAGGUUUUUUCUGCGUUUGUUUUCCGAUGUUUGCUCUUUGUUGAACUGGGGAUUGAAGGAUCUAUAAUACUUAAAAUAUAUGCUUCUUAUGCCUUGUUCAAUGCUUGUUUGAUUAUCUGAUCUGUUGCACGUUUGGAUUUUGAUUGAUAAACUUGCAAUAAAACUUCAAACUUGGAGCCUUGUUUGAUUGUGUUCUAAUAUGUUGGUUUGAUAAUCAUGAACCAAUCAUUGUUCUUUUGUCAAUGAUUCAAUCAACUUAAGGACUCCAGUUAUGGAUUUGAUUAGUACCUCUUUUUCAGUUUUCAGUUCUUGAUAGAGUAAUGUAGCUAAUUUACACUAGCUGCUCCAUGGUUCUUAAUGAACAUCUUUC